AUGGAAGAGGCUUACGAAGAAAAAACAUCGUCACUUCAAAUCCUGCUUAGGAUCGUUGUGACUCCUGUUGUUGGUUACUUCGUUAUUCAACAUGAUUUCCCAGUUGCUUUUGGACUCUUCGUGAUGGCUGGUCUGACAGAUAUGCUAGACGGCCUUAUCGCAAGGAAUGUGCCUGGGCAAAAGUCGCUUUUUGGCUCAGUUCUAGAUCCAGUCUCAGACAAAUUACUUGUAAGGCAGCUAACUGCUGUUGUUUUAAUGCGGGACUUAUGCCUAAUUUUGGGUGGUUUCUACAAAAGAUAUAGAAAUCUGGAACCACCGUAUUCAUUUAAACGGUUCUUUGAUCCUGAGGUGUCGUCAAUGCAGGUCGUUCCUACUCGAAUGAGCAAGGUGAACACAUUUCUACAACUGUCUUUGAUCGCCAGCUCUCUUGCAAUUUCUGUCUUCAAUCUUGGUGAACUCUUCACACCGCUGGACCACCGCUUUUACCACCAUUUACUCAGGCCUGCAAUACGUCGGCGGAGAAGCGUUGAGAAGAAUUUGAGAGGUCCUUGUCUUAUCCAUAUAUGA